AUGCUCUCAUUUCCAGUUAUUUUCAGUUUCCUUCUUUUCCUUCUCGUCUUAUUAAAAGUAUCCAAAAAAUUAUGCAAAGAUAAUUCUAUCCCUCCGCCGGGACCAUGGCAAUUACCUUUCUUGGGUAACAUUUUCCAGCUCGCAGGCUACCAAUUUCAUAUCCGGUUAAGCGAGUUGGCCAAAACUUAUGGACCAGUAAUGGGUAUUAAAGUCGGUCAAGUUCCUUUUCUUAUCGUUUCUUCGCCGGAAAUGGCCAAAGAAGUGUUGAAAGUCCAAGAUCCCACUUUCGUCGACCGACCGGUUGUCCUUGCAGCAGAAUUGGUGAUGUAUGGGGGCCACGACAUCGUUUAUGCGCCAUACGGAGAUCAAUGGAGACAAAUGAGAAAAUUUUGCACGUUAGAGUUACUUAGCACAAAACGAGUGCAAUCCUUUCGAUCCGUAAGAGAAGAAGAAGCUGGAGAGUUUGUAAAAUUUCUACUUUCAAAAGAGGGAAGUUCUGUUAACCUUACUCAUGCUUUAUAUGCUUUAUCAAAUUCUAUGGUUGCAAGAAGUACUGUUGGUCAUAAAACCAAAAAUCAAGAAGCGUUAUUAAACGUUAUUGAUGAUACAGUUUCAACAGCGGCAGGUACUAAUAUAGCCGAUAUCUUUCCGUCCUUAAAAUGGCUUCCUACAGUCAAACGGCAGAUGUCUAGAAUUUGGAAAUCUCAUUGUCAAACAGAUGAGAUUCUUGAAGGUAUCUUAAGAGAGCAUAGAGCUAAAAGGCAGACGGCAGCUUCCAAGAACGGUGAUCGGGCUGAAGCCGAUAAUCUUCUUGAUGUUCUUUUGGAUCUUCAACAGAGAGGAGAUCUUGAUGUUCCCUUAACUGAUAUCAACAUCAAAGGAGCAAUCCUGGAAAUGUUUGGCGCUGGAAGCGACACAUCUACAAAAACUUUAGAAUGGGCAAUGUCAGAAUUGAUGAGGAACCCAAAAAUGAUGAAAAAAGUACAACAAGAAUUGCGGAGUUUCUUUGGUGAAAAUGGAAAAGUUGAGGAAGCAAAACUUCAGGAAUUAAAAUGGUUAAAGUUAAUUAUUAAAGAAACAUUGAGAUUACAUCCUCCAAUUGCAGUAAUUCCAAGGCUUUGUAGGGAGAGGACUAAAGUUUGUGGAUAUGACGUUUAUCCUAAUACCAGGGUUUUCGUUAAUGUCUGGGCAAUGGGAAGAGAUCCUAAAAUUUGGAAUGAAGCUGAAAAAUUCAAUCCUGAGAGAUUUAUUGAUAGUUCAAUUGAUUAUAGGGGUAAUAAUUUUGAACUGAUUCCAUUUGGUGCAGGAAAAAGAAUAUGCCCUGGAAUUACAUUAGCUAUUGUUCAUGUAGAAACUGUCCUUGCAAACUUGCUAUAUCACUUUGACUGGAAAUUUCCUGAAGGAGUAACUGCAGAGAAUUUUGAUAUGAAUGAAACUUUUGCAGGAAUUAUCCGAAGAAAAGUAGACCUUGAACUGAUCCCUGUUGCAUUCCGUCCUUAA